AUGGUGCCACCCUGUGUCUCACGGAGCCUCAUGCUGCUGGCAGGCCUGUGCUGCCUGGCGUCAUGGCCCCAAGCUGAAUGCCGCCAGAAGAAGAAGAACACCUCCGGGUCCAAUGACAAACACCAGGCCCACCUCACCUGCCAUCGGCUGUCUAGCGUCAUCACCAACCUGGCUUUCGCCAUGUACGCAGAGCCAGCCCGUUGGUCAAACUCCAGCAAUGUCCUGUUCUCCCCAGUGAGCAUCGCGGCCGCCCUGGCCAUGCUCUCCCUGGGCACCCAGGGUGGCACACAGAGCCAAAUCAGGGCGGCCAUGAAGUUCAGCCUCAAGGAGACCGCCGGGACGCAGGUGCACCAGUGCUUCCAGCAGCUCCUCGGCAGGCUGCAGAAGGGCAAAGCGAGGCUGCAGGUGCUCACAGGGAGCAGCCUGUUCAUGGCCAAGGGCGUGAAGCCAGUGGCUACGUUUUCGACAGGAAUCAAGAACUGGUACCACUCCAAAGCCACUGCCAUUGAUUUCCAGGACCCCAAAGAAUCCAGCAAACGCAUCAGGGAACAAAUAGAACAAGACACGAGAAAGAAAACACUGAAUAUGGCCCAAGAGUUCGAUAGCUCCACGAGGCUCAUCCUGGUGAAUUACUUUUCCUUGCAAGGCAAAUGGUUCCAGGAUGGGCAGAAAGCCCUCCCAGUGCAGGAGAACUUCUAUGUGGAAGGAAAAAAAGCCGUUCUGGUGCCCAUGCUGAGCUGUGUGGGCACAUUUUACCUCCAACGAGACAAGUUCCUGUCCAGCUGGAAGAUGAGGCACCUGGAGAAAGGGCUGACCCACGAGCACUUUGAAAACCUCUCGAGGCAUGUUGGAGCCAGGCCUGCUAGAGUGUACUUCCCCAAACUCUCCAUUUCCGGAACCUACAAUCUGAAACCCAUCAUGGGCAAGCUGGGCAUCACCAAGGUCUUCAGCAACGGGGCUGACUUCUCAGGGAUCACAAAGGCCCCCCUGAAGCUGUCCCAGGCUGUGCACUGGGCAGUGCUGACCAUGGAGGAACGAUUCAAAAACGUCACCAAAGCCAGUGCCCAGAGCAGGAAGUCCAACCUCACUGUCAAGUUCAACCGGCCCUUCCUAUUCAUCCUCCAGGAUACCAACAUGCACUUUCCCCUCCUGAUGGGAAAAGUGGUGAAUCCCACCCAACCCUGA